CACCGGUUUUGUACGCAAGUCGACAGCUGAUGGUGAAUCAGUCGAUCGGUGACCCCAUCCGACGUAGCGACGUUUCCGGCGUAUCUGUUCGCAAAGCAUAGUGAUAACACUAUCAAACAAUGUCGGGCACAGCAUUCGUUGUUUUACCAUCGCAAAGCAAACACGGAGUUAUCUUCGGCAAGAAUGCUGCGCGCCCCGAUGGAGAUGUUAUGGAAGUGGUCUUUGUACCUGCUGGAGAAUCUUCAGGGGACAUACAAUGUACCUAUGUAAGUGUUGAAGCUGCAGGACCAACAAAAGCUGUGAUCUUGAACAAAUCAAGUUGGACAUGGGGCGCAGAAAGUGGCGCCAAUGAGUCUGGAAUUGCAAUUGGAACACUGGCGGUUUCAAGUAAAUAUUCUGAAGGGGAUGCUGAUGUGACAGUACCAAGAUUAUUAGGAGUUGAUUUAGUUAGGCUGGGAUUGGAGCGUGCAUCAAGCGCAUCUGAAGCACUGGAUGUAAUCACAUCUCUCCUGGAAAAAUAUGGUCAAGGAGGGUCUUCUAGUGACAAGUCUGAUGUGUUUCACUGCAAUUCAUUCAUCAUUGUAGAUGGUAGCACAUGUUUUGUUUUGGAUACAUGUGGGAAGCAUUGGGCAGUUGAGGAAAUUACAAGUGGAUCAAAAUGCAUAGCAAAUAUGUACACAAUAGGAACCAACAUAACUAAACAUUCCGAAGGAUUACAAGACUUCGCGAAAUCGAAUGGUCUCUGGAAUGGCGAAGGAGACUUCAAUUUCGCUGCUGCAUUUAAUGUGAGCGAUCAGCAUAAAGAAGAAACGUAUCAAAACGCAUGCAAAGAGUUGACAAACGCGGUCGCUGCGGGAGCAUUCAAAGAAAGCAACAUGUUUCAACUAUUACGCAGCGAGGAGUUGCUUGCGAAUGCGAAAUGCCCCACAAUGGGCGCACAAGUUUCUACUCUGAGCAAUACACGCCCUAGCGCGCAUUGGUUCACUGCAACUCAAGAUCCACGUCAAUCAGUGUUCAAACCUUUAAUGUUCACGCCCAAUGCGGUUAUUUCUAAACAUACUGUGUGCCCCAAUAAGAAUGAACCUCAUGUUCUAUUCUCUUUGCACCAAGCGGCAAUAAACAAACAAGAUGACGUACAAUCGCUCCUCAGAUCGAUGGAGCAAAACUGCGUUGAGGAAUUAGAUGGCGUGAUUGAUACUCUGGGCGAUGAUCUCUCCGAAUUCGACGAGCUACUUAAAGAUUGCGUGGAGACCGAAGUUAAAUUCUAUCGCUAACUUGAUUUUACUGACAAAAAAACGCGAAAUCUUUGUUUUUGGCACCUCAAAAACCUAAAUAGUUGUGACUAAGUUGAAAACUUAAUUUUAUAUUAUUUAUUAUAUGUUAUUCUAUAAUUUCCAGCACACGCGAGUGUGUUUUAUAUCAGUAUUCGUAGAUGUACCCGUGAUAUGACUAGUAUUGAUGCUUUUUACACGCAUUCCAAAGCACACACCGUGCGCAAUUAUAAAAGUAUUAUAAAACUCGAAACAGAAUGUUGUAAUUACAAAUCAUAACUGCUUUAGGCGUCGCACCAAAGUUCAUGUAGUAACUGCGCUCGUAUAGAACAACUCUAGCUUGUAAGUUUGUAACUUUUGGCACUUUUACCAGUUCAAAAUUAAGCAUUGCAUCAAAAACAUUUAAAAUAAACAGAAUAAAAGAUCACAAGUAAUUGUAAGAUGUUUGUAGGCAUCACAUGUACUCCAGAAGUUUAAUUUCUUUUGCUUUUGUGAUUUUUUUUAUACGUAUUUAUAAACAAGUGGAUUGCAAUAUAAAUAAAUUACAUUAUUCGCAUAAUAAA